AUGCCUGUGAUCGUCGAACACCGAUGGAAAAAGACUAGAACUGUCAUCCACGAGUUCGCCAAUCAGGUUUUGAAAGGAAAUGGAAAAAAAAGAAAGAAAAAGAAAAGAAAGAAAUAUUUGAAAAAUGAAAGAUUGGGAAGCCGUUGAAGAUUUAUCAGUCCGUAUGCAGAAAGUAUCGGAAAAUGUCCAAACUUUAUCCUAAAUUAUGAUUCCAUCGCGAAGAAUCAUCAUCAUCAUCAUUUUCUCGAUUUUUAAUCUCCUGAAUUUCCAGACUGCCACUGUCAAUUUCUCGACGGAAGCCGUUCAGUCUCGUGGACCAAUCAUGGUUCAAAUGCCCAGCGGAAGAUCUUACAAUCUCGUCGAUUUGUUCGCCGAGCCAAUGGCCAUCCGAACUUUUGGCAAGACGCCAGAAAAGGCCGUUUCCCUCAUUGUUCUAGAUAUUCUGCGAAAGGUUGGCUUUCUAAAUCAAAUACUGCUGCUUCUUUUCAAAAAUCAUUUUUCUAUGAGCGAUCAUCGAAAAACUAUGGAGAGAUUCCCAUAUUUCCUUUCUUGUUAGCACCAAAAAUUGAUAUUUCAAGAAGAUUUUAUAGUUACCAGUCGGUAAUCUUAACUCAUAGUAAGUGAAGAUUCUGAAUAAGAGACAGACUCGCUGAAUUUAUCUGCUUAAUUUUAAUUUGAGCUUGGGGAUAAAGCCUAAAAUAUAUGGGAAAAAAGUAUGAAACCUCAAGUCGAGAGAAAGAAUUGGUUCGCAUUAUUAUUUUUCAUCAAGAUUUAUUUAAUCUCAUCAUCCAGAAAACCUUCAGACUCUUAUAGUCUUUUUAACUUAUCUAGAAUAAAAGUCAGUAGACUCCUCAAUAACGGAAAUCACCAUUUAGAUUAAGCUAAAAAAACUGGGGUUUUAACUCUUUGCGACUAAAAAUUUUUCAUAAGUCUCUGAGGUCAUUUUUUACCAAAGUGCAAAGAAGCAAAAAAAAAAAGCGAUCCUUGACUGAUUUUGACUUGAAGAUCAACGUAACCGAGCCGUCGUACCGGUCCUACUCGACCUCGUCGAGUACCAAACAGUUCAUCUACGUCGGCGAUUCCCUGCUCGAAGGACUGGCGAUGCUUUGUUUCCGUGGCAUUUCUUUCCCCGAAAAAAGUCGGGAUGCCGACGAAAUGCGUCUUCGAAAGCAUAUCCUCGAUGUUCUACGCAACAAAUAGUUAGUAGAGUUCAUAGGUUUAUUUUUAAUAUUAAAAAGAGUUUACAGCGAACGGAUCCGGAGUGACAACAUGGAAAGGAUGCGCCAGGGCAAGUCGGUAGACAGUCCUUUGUUGGAAAACGUCCAAGGUAGUUUCUCUCAGACUUGUGCGAGGGCCGGCCCGUCAGCCUAUCGGCCUCUGGUCAUUUCCUAGCCCGGCCUAGCUGGGCCAUAGCGAGGCCUUUAAAAAAACGGAAAACCCGGCCCAAAAGGCGCAAUUUUUUUGUAAAAUUAAGUCAAAAUUUGAAAUUGUUUUCAUUUAAAAAAAUUCUACUAUGAAGGUUAUCUUAAGAAUGGAUAUCCUGGUUUGUUUUUGAAACUGGAUUGUUGAAAAAAUAAUUUUAUUCAAAGAAUGCAUUAAUGCAAAAGGUCCGGUGAAAUCGAAAAAAAUUCAAAAUUCAAAAAGAUUCUUUUUAAAAUGUUCCAACAUUAAUUAUGGCUCUUUGUUUGGAAUUUCAAUUAAAAUCUUUGACAGAUUACCAAAUUUCCUCAUUUUUCAGACGAUUCACUCUGUUUAAACACCCCAAAAAUGGAAUAUAUGAAUGACGAUUUGUGGCCAGAAGAAAACUUUUGCUCGAAUGCCCAAUCUUGGUCCACUGAAGGUGAGGACUCCUCUGUUCAAAAAUGAUACUCUGAACUAAAAAUGAAUUAGGUCUUAGUUACAGAUUGUGAGCGAUACGGGAACUUCUCGAACGAUUGCUCUAGGAAAAGAGAAGUUUCUAGUCCUUCAGGUGGGAGUUUCACCUUCCAAACAAAGUUUGAUAAAAAAAAUGAAAACUUUUCCAGAGAUGACAGAAAUCAAACGCGCCUACUCAGAAGAGCCAGAAAAUCAAUUGAACUCAUAA